GUGGGUGGGCUCCAGGAUGUGAAGAAGAUGUGUGAUCAGGCAGCUCGCUACUGCAGGGUCAGCGUCCAGCAGCAGCUCCGUGACAAGCAGCCGCCUUUGCAGCGCAGCAUUCGGGGGCUGGACGGGGUCCUGCGCUGGGUCUUCACCAAGAUGAGCGACAAGAAGUUCGGGGAUAGGGAAUCCCAGAAAACUGAACAGGCAGCUUCCAGUGAGCAGCUCCCACCGGACACCAAGAAAGGCAUCUCGGUUAUCCUGGACAUAUUCAGAAGAGCUGAUAAAAAUGAUGAUGGUAAGUUGUCCUUGGACGAAUUUCGGGCCUUUUUCUCAGAUGGAACCCUCAAUGAAGAAGAACUGGAAAACCUCUUUCAUACAAUAGACUCCGACAACACCAAUCAUGUGGAUACUAAGGAGCUUUGUGAUUACUUUGCCUCACACAUGGGAGAUUAUGAGGAUGUACUUGCCUGUUUGGAGACCCUGAACCUUUCAAUUCUGAAAGCAAUGGACUACACCAAGAAGGUAUAUGAAAGUGGGACAAAGCUGGACCAGUUUGUGACCAGGUUCCUGUUGAAAGAGACAUCCAGCCAAAUUCAGUCCCUGCUAACCUCUGUGGAAAGUGCAGUUGAUGCGAUAGAUGACCAGACCACUCAGACAGGGUUCUAUGACAGCAAGACCAGCCACGGAGUGGUGGAGAGUUGGUAUAACCAGCAGGCCACAAGCAACUUCACCAGCAGCAGAAUGACAGCAAGAGACAAAAAACUGAAAACUGAUUUAGCUCUCCCAGCCGGUAGGGAAGAAGGACUUGAAUCGCAGAUCAACAGAUUGGCUGAACUGAUUGGCCGCCUGGAGAAUAAGACCAUGUGGCUUGACCUGCAGCAGAAGGUGAUGGACAAUGAGAACCUGACUUGCUCGCAUCUUUUCCUUGUCCGUCAACACAUGAGUGUUGGACAGAAGCAGCUGGGAGAGUUUGGCUGUUCACUGAAGCAAUACCUGAAGGACGUGUCGGGACAACGAGACUGCUUCCAUGUUACAGCCGUGAGGUUACCCGAUGGAUUGACCUUUGUGGUCUAUGAGUUUUGGGAGAGUGAGGAGCAGUGGAAGAACCAUCUCCAAAGUGCAAGAUCAAAAACUUUUCAACAUGUUAAAGUGGACACAUUGACUCAGCCUGAGACUGUCUCCACAUUGUUUAUACCAGCCGCCUGGUGCACUCUGGAUGGGAAAUAGUUUCUGGCAGAGCCUGCUGUAGGGAGCAGCACACGUUCAACCAGGCCAGCAGUGCGCCCUCCCUCUCAAGAAGCCCAGAGCCAACGAGUGGCGAACCCUUUGCGUAUUUUGUAAUCAUUUACUUCCAAGAAUAUUUGUCGACAAUUUUAUGCACGUUAGUUCAUUAUUAAAGAGAACUGGAUGUAGUAGAGCUGCAAGGAUCUGACAAACAUGAACCAAAGAUUUGAGGCUUGGUGGGAAGGGUUGGUAGGGAGUGGGAGUUGGCAGAUAAAUACCUCACGGAUCAUUAGUUGUCUCUUUUGUACCGUGAGUGUGGAGAUACUCACUCAGUGGAGGCUGGGCUAAUACUGCUAGCUGCUUCUGCACAGGAUCGGAUCAAGGUUGAUGAAUUCUGGGAAACCUCCAUUGUGUCCCACCCCUGCUAUUAGUUCAUUUUCUUGACAAGGAUGUUAAAGAAGAUCCCCCCAACACUGAUUGGAUGGAGAUUCAAAAAUCUUGGGAAAAGAUUGGUUGUUCAAAACCAGUCAGGCCUCUGUUCCCAGACUGAGGGUCUCAGAUUCUUCUGUAAGUUGUGAACAAAUGGAGAGAAUUCAACGAUGUUCCUUCAUUCAUUGGGAACUGCCUGUUUUUGGGCUUCCCUACUUGAUCGCAACUUCUGAUCUUCACUCCAGCAUUUCUCACCUUGCCCCCUCCCCAUUUAUUUUUCCCACAUUCAUGACUUCCCCUGUUUCUCAUUAUUUCAUAUUGCUCCCUCAUUUUCUUCUA